AUGCGGGUGCGAGCGAGCGCGGACCCCAGCACCGAGCCAGAGGCCAAGAAGGGCGAGGCGAUCGAGAACCCCGACAGCGAGAUUGCGCGCAAGAAGGCCGAGGCGGAGCGCCUGAGGGCCGCUGAGAAGUUCAUGGUCAUCGGCAGCGGCACCGCACAGUGCAAGGGCUGCGGCUACGAGUACAAGCCAGAGAAUGGCGACCCCGACUUCCCUGUGCCCAAGGGCAUCCUUUUCCAGGACCUGCCGGAGGACUAUGUGUGCCCCAUCUGCGGUGCCGCAAAGUCAAAGUUCGAGUCGCGGGUCAAGGUGGUCGCGGGCUUUGCCGAGAACCAGCAGUACGGCCUGGGCACCAACAGCAUGACGGGCAACCAGAAGCUGCUGCUCAUCUACGGCAGCCUGCUGAUCUUCAUCCUGCUGUUCCUGGCCGGUUACGCCCUCGAGUGA